AUGAUACUUUCAAGAGUCCAGAUACCCAUCAAUCAAAAAGAUGAUGACGAUGAAGGGCGUGUUGUGGCUAAUAAAGUGAUAGGGCAGGAGGCGAAGUACACAAUAGAGAAGGAAAUAGGGAAGGGCUCAUUUGCAAUAGUCUAUAUGGGUCAUUUAACCACAAAUAAGAAUCAGAAUGUGGCUAUCAAAGCUGUGUCAAGGUCAAAGCUCAAGAAUAAGAAGUUAUUGGAGAAUUUAGAGAUUGAAAUUGCAAUAUUGAAGAAAAUUAAACAUAAUCAUAUUGUUAGUCUAAUUGAUUGUGAAAGAAACUCUGAUUAUUUCUAUUUAAUAAUGGAAUAUUGUUCCUUGGGCGAUUUGACUUUCUUGAUAAAAAGACGUAAAGAAUUGACUAAUUAUCAUCCUUUAUUGCAAAAAAUUUUUGAAAGUUAUCCAUCGCCAAAUGAGUAUGGUCUUCAUCAUGCCUUUAUUCUAAAUUAUUUACAACAAUUAGCGUCAGCUUUGAAAUUUCUAAGAUCCAAAAAUCUGAUUCAUAGAGAUAUAAAACCACAGAACCUUCUUCUAUGCACGCCUCUAAUUGGUUAUACAGACGCCGACACAUUUCAUAAACUAGGAUAUGUGGGUAUCUACAAUUUGCCAAUUUUGAAAAUCGCAGAUUUUGGAUUUGCUAGAUUUUUACCCAAUAGUUCUAUGGCUGAAACUCUUUGUGGAUCCCCACUGUAUAUGGCGCCAGAAAUUUUGAACUAUCAAAAAUAUAAUGCAAAGGCUGAUUUAUGGUCCGUUGGUACUGUAUUAUUCGAAAUGUAUUGUGGUAGACCUCCCUUUAAAGCGUCUAAUCAUUUGGAAUUGUAUAAAAAGAUUAAGAGAUCGAAUGACGUUAUACAAUUUCCAGAACUUAUAGCUAACGGUGAUGACAAAGAUCAAGAGGACUUAGAGAUACGGGCAUUGAUUUCUAAAUUAUUGACUUUUGAUCCAACAAACAGAAUCACUUUUGAUGAAUUUUUCAACCAUAAAUUGGUUACAAAGGAUUUAUCUUAUUACGAAAUCAAUAAUGAUAAUUCAACAAGUGAUCUAGAAACAAAAUCCAAAAAUAUUGUGGAGAGUAAUAUGUUUAUCUCCGAAUAUUUGAAUAAACCUAAAAAUGUGACUUCGACACAGGGAAAAAUAUCACUGCAAAACGAUAAGAAUACAAUUCGUAAAGAGAUAUCAAAUUUAGAGAAAGAGUACGUUGUUGUGGAAAAGAAAAGUGUAGAAGUAAAUGAAUUUGCCGAUGAACUAGCAAAUCAAAUAAAUAAUCAACAGCAAAAGCAACAAAAUGAAAAUACCAACGUAGUGGCUAGUCGACCAAAAUCAAGGAGAAGUUCAUCGUCAUCUUCAACAGCAACUAACCGUGCACCAUCACUUGUUGAUAGGAGGUUGUCCUUUUCAUCACUAAAUCCUUCAAAUGCACUAUCGCGUGCACUUGGGUUAGCAUCUACUAGAUUCUUUGGUAACGCUCAUCAAAGUCAGCAUUUAAAUACACAGCUUAAUGUUAAUAAUAAUAGUAACACUUCGAUAUUUGAUUCUCAAACUUUUAAUGACCUGACUGAAAAUAUUAUAUUGAGAAUAAAUAAUCCAGAAUUCCGUGUUGAAUCCAAUAAAGAUAGCAUAAUAAUCCCUACGAUAGAAUCUUUAGCUGCAAAGGCAUUUGUCAUUUCUUCCUUUGCUGAUACUAAAUUCCAACAAAUUAUCCCACUGAAUAAAUUUAAUGAGAUUAUUGAGAACUCGAUUAAUGAGCAGAUCGAUAUAAAUGACAUGGUUUUAUUUAAGGAAGCGGUAAUUCUUCAUUUGAAAGCUUUAGAAUUCUUGAGCAGUUCUAUGGAAGUUACGUCUAAAUGGUGGUUUACAAAUAAAUUUAAUGUUAAUUACAAUAUUUCUUUACGACUAAAUUUAUUGAUUCAAUGGGUUAGGAGUAAAUUCAACGAUUGUUUGAAUAAAGUAGAAUUUUUAAAGAAACAUUAUGCUGUUGCUCAUGAAAACGAAAGUUAUCAUUACAGUGAGGAGACAGAAAUUUUCUUGGAAAAGUUACUGUAUGAUAGAGCUUUAGAAAUAGCCAAGAUGGCUGCUAACUUAGAAUUGAAUCAUUCUGAUUUGAAUAAUUGUGAAAUAUCAUAUGCAACAGCAUUAUGGAUGUUGGAGGCUACUUUAGAUAGUGGUGAUAAUGAUGGGAAUGAGAGUGUGUUAGAUCAAAAUGAUAAAAUGAUUAUUCUGAAAUAUAUUGAUAGUAUUGCUAAUAGAUUGAAAGUUUUACGAACGAAAAUGAAUAAUGGCGGUAACAAUGUCAAUAACAGUGGUACAGGUUAUAAUGAAGAUACCGCCCUUAUUGAUUACUAUUGA